AAAGGUGGGCGGGUCUAAGAUGCUCUCUCUGCUCAUAAAACCAGCGUGGAACCCCUCAAUAAGUCCUUUCCAAACUCAGGCAGAAGUCCAUUGAAGUGUCUCCGUGGACCGGUCACUGCUGCGAUAGAAUCAAACCAUGGCACCAGCUGGACAAAAGAAGGGGGUUUUGGAGCGUCUGGAAGCAGGAGAAGUCGUUAUCGGCGACGGAGGCUUCGUCUUCGCCCUGGAGAAGAGAGGUUAUGUCAAAGCAGGGCCGUGGACACCUGAGGCUGCUGCUGAGCACCCUGAGGCCGUGCGUCAGUUGCACAGGGAGUUCCUGAGGGCUGGCUCCAAUGUCAUGCAGACUUUUACUUUCUAUGCCAGCGAUGACAAACUGGUGAACAGAGGCCAUGCUCAGCGCUUCACGGGCCAGCAGAUUAACGAGGCAGCGUGUGACCUAGCCAGAGAGGUGGCCAACGAGGGUGACGCUCUGGUGGCGGGAGGUGUCUCUCAGACCCCUUCAUACCUCAGCUGCAAGAGUGAGAAUGAUGUGAAGGCCAUUUUCAAGAAACAGAUGGAUGUGUUUGUCUCAAAGAAAGUGGACUUCCUGAUUGCAGAGUACUUUGAGCACGUGGAAGAGGCCGAGUGGGCAGUCCAGGUUUUGAAGACCUCCGGUUUGCCAGUGGCUGCAAGUCUCUGCAUUGGACCUGAUGGAGAUCUGAACAAAGUCAGUCCUGGAGACUGUGCCGUCAAACUCAUCAAAGCCGGUGCUGAUAUUGUGGGCAUCAACUGCCAUUUUGACCCAGAGACCUGUGUGAAGACUGUGAAGAUGAUGAAGGAGGGAGUGGAGAAGGCUGGUCUGAAGGCUCACUACAUGUGCCAGCCACUGGCAUUCCACACUCCUGACUGCAACUGUCAGGGAUUCAUUGAUCUGCCCGAGUUCCCCUUCUGCCUGGAGCCAAGGAUCCUGACCAGAUGGGACAUGCAGAAGUAUGCCCGGGAUGCGUACAAUGUUGGAAUUCGUUUCAUUGGUGGCUGCUGUGGAUUUGAACCCUAUCACAUCCGUGCCUUGGCAGAGGAGUUGGCAAAGGAAAGAGGUUGUCUCCCUGCUGGGUCUGAGAAGCAUGGCAGCUGGGGAAGUGGCCUAGACAUGCACACAAAGCCUUGGGUCAGAGCGAGGGCCCGUCGUGACUACUGGGAGAACCUGAAGCCUGCUUCCGGUCGCCCCUUCUGUCCCUCUCUGUCCAAGCCUGAUGCUUGGGGGAUCACCAAAGGCCACGCUGACCUGAUGCAGCAGGAGGAGGCCACAUCUCAUGAACAACUGAAGGUUCUCUUUGACAAGGCCAAGAGCAAGUGAGCUCUACUUGAGGCAUACUUGUGAAAGGAAGAAGCCAAGGGUUGUUGUGUGAGGAGGCUAACUCGCACUUCACCUUUAAUACAUACCAAACAAAAUGUUGGAGUCAUAGUGAUCUUAAGGACCAUUUUUUACUAACUUUAUAAAGUAGCCAUCAUGCCUUAACAAUAUGUGCCUUUCUCAGUACAGGGAUAACAUGCGAUUGCUACUAAUCAUGAAGUCCAAAAUUUGUGAUUAUCCUAAUGACCUAAAAAGUGCUUGUUGUUUUGAAAAAGAAAAUCUGGUUUCUGUGUAUUAAUAAACAUCCAAGCAAAACAUGA